UUCUAUUCAAUAAGUUUGGCUGUUUGUGCAUUUAUACGUGAAUUUGGUUUCUCUCUGUACAAACUUCGUGAUUACUACCUUCGACGGUUUCAACUGAAAGUUUCUCAAAGUUCAAAGCUUGCCAGGGAUGGCGCGUCUCUUGAAUCGAAUGGCCGCAGGUCGACCUCGGACCGCUCGCAUGUUCACGGCGGAAGCGGCCGAAGAUGUAGCGGAAAUCCCGAGCACCACGACCACCGCUGCUGCUGCUGCGGCGACUCCGUCAACCUCCACCAACACAGCGGAGACGACGCAAAAGCGUUACGAGGUGUGCAGACCUCGGACAGUUCCGUUGACGCCGAGACGCAUCUUCGUCAGCGAGAAUCAUCUGACCCAGGACACGACUAUAAUGCGCUACCUUCAGCCCAGUUCGAUGCCGGAGUUCUUCAGACUUCCCACCGACUUCAAAGCCAUCGAAGCCCACUACAAACGAAACCAAUGAUGAUCUUCUAUCCAAUUUCUUAAAAUUAC